AAGUCGUACCUCUCUGCAGGACACGCGCUCACCGCCGCCCCUUAUCCACCGAUGCCUCCACGGGUCCCGCUCUCGUCUGAAGUUCACCUGGUCUAAUGUUUUCCAACGGAUCAAUUGGGAGAGGAUGCGGCUUCUCAUUUUCGCAACUCUAUUUGGAAUUCAUCUCCAUACAGGCCCAGCUCUGCAGAUCCAGUGCUACCAGUGUGAGGAGGUGAGGCUCAGCGACUGCUCCACGCCCGAAUACAUCGUCAACUGCACCGUCAACGUCCAGGACACCUGCCAGAAGGAGAUCCUGGUCCGGGAGGAUGGUAUCCACUACAGGCAGUCUUGUGCAUCGUCAGCUGCCUGCCUCAUCUCGUCCUCGGGGUACCAGCAGUUCUGCACCGGGAAGCUUCACUCGGUCUGCAUCACCUGCUGCAGCACCCCGCUCUGCAACGGGCCCCGGCUGAAGAAGAGACCCUACCCCUCACAUGCCCCCUCCCCCCUGCCCCCCGCCCCCCUACUGGCCCCCCUUCUGGCCCUGCUGCUGCCACCCCUCCUUGCUCUGACAUAGACCCAACGCACACCCACCCACACGACUGAAGUGGCGGACAUUACAAGGUCUCAUUACAACACAGAUUGUUUUUGAAGGAUGAGUGCUUAAGUUGCCUUCUUCAGUCAACCCCCCCCCACACACACACACA